AUAUUACUUGCACUGGAGAAGGAGCUAGCCGGCGACUUUUUACCAUACAUUGAUUGGAUAGCUGGAACAAGUUCCGGCGGAAUUACUGCCUUGAUGCUGUGUCACGGAAAAACACUCAUUGAGGCAAAGCGCUUUUUCAUCGAAAAUAGAUUCAGAGUCUUUUGUGGGAACAAGGCAAAGGUUCCUAAGCAUGAUGCGAAGGGAGUUGAAGAUACUGCUAAAGAGAUAUUCGGUCUUGGUCACAUGGGUAGCUUCCCAAAAGACGGACCUAAAGUGAUGGUUACUGUGGCCGACACUAGGAGAUCGCCAGCCAAUCUUGUCCUUUUUCGUUCUUUUUCACCACAAAUACCGGAAUCACUAAGAGAGCAACUGGAUUACCUAGAUCCCGAAAAAAUUCUCAUAUGGAAAGCCGCCCGCUGCACCAGUGCUGCUCCUUACUACUUUGACUCCUAUAACGGUCUCUCGGAUGGGGGCCUCGUGGCCAAUAACCCGACUCAGGCAUUGAUUGCUGAUUUUCUUCAAACUACACGGCUAGAAAAAGAGCACUGUCCAAUUGAGAAAGACACUCCCGAUCCGUGCAUGGCAUGUGUGGUAUCAAUUGGAACUGGAUCGAGUCCGGCUGAGAAUACUAAUGGAAUUGAUCUUAAUUUCAACUCAUUCAUUUCGAAUAAAAGAAGUCCACUUCAAAUAGCUCGUGGCUUUAUUACUGUUGUGAACAAUGCCAAAAACAUGCUCCAAAUUUUAGUGAGAGAGUGCACUUCGUCAAGUGGUCAGCCUGUACGUUAUUCUCGUGAAUGGUGUCACUCCCUGAACGUGCCGUUCUUUCGCUUUUCGCCGAUGAUGCGCACAAAUGUGCAGCUGGACAACACGGACACUGAUGUCAUUAUCCAAAUGCUUUGGGAAACAGAG